AUGAAAAAGGCGGCGAAACCGGUGGUUGAAAACGGUGCUGCGCGCCAGAACCAGCGCGCGAUGCUAGUCCCCGCCGGCCUCGAGGGCCAGCGGUCGUUGAACAGCGCGGUCUUGCUGCGCAUUAUCGAGCCGCCAACGGCGCAGCGGGAGGCGUCCUUGGCAAGCUGCCAUGCUAUCCCCGUCAACGAGACUACCGAGGCAGCAGCGCGGCGUCUUCAAGGUUGGUACCGCCGCGUUCGAACAUCGACACACAUCAAGACGACUGCGGUGCACUUGAUGACGCUCAUGCACCAUCUCGACCGGGAUCUGCUCCUCUUUUGGAAGCUGCUCCACGAAGGCAUUCGCGUGUGCAAGUACAAUGCCAAGCGACAGGCGAAAAAAUGGAAGGUCAUCUCGCUCGACAAAGACGGCGAGCGCCUCAUCAUGCGCCCGCUGCACCGCACGAGCAUGCGCUUCCUCGCCAAGUCCAUUUCGUUUGGUCGCCGGCGUGGCGUCACGGCCAAGGCGGAAAAGGGACUGUACCUUCGCGACAUUGCCGAAGUUCGCGUCGGCGCGCAGUCGGCGGGCUUUGCGCGCUCGACGCUCGAGCCAGAUCCUGACCAGUGCUUCUCGAUCGUCGGCUCGGAAGCCACAUGGGACCUCGAGCUCACAACGACUGCUGCUCGGGACCAAGCGGUUGUGCGAUUGCGUGUUGUCUUGGACGUUCUCCAAGACAGCACGUCUCUCCUCGCAAGUCGCGAGUGGACGACGCCCCACCACAAAGAUGUGGUGUCUCCAGCGACCGCCGCACACGUGUACAGUGUCUUGGCUACCGGCGUCGAAGUGACUCGGUUUGCCGCGUACUUGACGCCUGCGCGCAGCUACCUCUGGAUCAACCCGAGUACCAUUCGCCUUUGCAUUGGCGACAACAAACACCGUGUCUUCAAGAGCGUGCUUCUCAGCGACGUGGCCGAGGUCCGGAAAGGCGUCAACAGCAUCGGCUUCUUCAAUCUGUCGCCGCCGCCGCCGGCGUCCGAGUGCUGCUCGAUCAUUGGCUCGGAAAACGUCCUCGAAUGCCGCGUCAGCGACGAGACGGCGCGCAACGCGCUCAUUUUCGCCCUCCGCGAUCUCUUGCAUUUCAAGCGAAGCCAUCCGACUGUCAACGUGACGCCAAUGACGAUGGAGGCGACACCUUACCGCGCGACCGCCAUGGUCGCGGCACUGCGUCAUGGACCGUAA